AAGCAACACUACGGUAUACCAGGUAUACGGUACGACGCGACGCGACGGUACGACUCCGACGACGAGCAGUUGAACUUAAAAUCAUGAUUACAUUUCGUUCAGUAAUCACUAUCCUUGUGUUAGUCUCAACUCAUACUCAUACCGCUUCGGCAGUAUUUGAGGGGCCUCCAGUGAUUUUGAUCCCAGGAGAUGGCGGUUGUCAACUGGAGGCAACCUUGAACAGGUCAACAACUCUUCAUCCAUAUAUCUGCCAAAAAAAGAGUGGCCUUUUCACUCUAUGGCUCAAUCUAGAUGAGUUUGUACCCUACUACUUUGACUGUUUCAUUGAUAAUAUGAAACUAAUCUAUGAUCCAAAGACAAGAACGAGUCAAGAUACAGAGGGUGUCCAUGUCUACAUACCGGGUUUUGGAAAUACAAGCACUGUGGAGUGGCUAGACCCAAGCAAGGUUUCUUACGGUUCGUACUACACUCAUCUUGUGGAUUCACUGGUUGCUCAGGGUUACAAAAGAAAUGUCAAUAUACGAGGAGCCCCUUAUGAUUUCAGGAAAGCCCCCAAUGAAGGCGGUUCAUAUUUCUGGAGGUUACAGCAGCUUAUAGAAGAAACCUACAAGGAGAAUGGUCAUGAGCCAGUGGUGCUAAUAUCUCACAGCCUAGGAUGUCUCUAUACUCUCUACUUCCUCAAUCAGCAACCAAACUCCUGGAAGAGCCGUUAUAUCAGGGCGUGGGUUCCAAUCUCGGGUCCGUACGCCGGCACAACCAAAGUCAUGCGGGUUAUAUCAUCAGGUGAUAAUUUGAAUGAGUAUGUGGUAUCAGCACUGACUGCCCGUAAUGCUCAGCGUUCCUAUCCCAGUUCCGUAUUCCUACUGCCAAACAAAGACUACUGGAACCCUGAAGAAAUGAUCAUUACUACACCUAAAGCCAACUACACAACAAGAAAUUACACACAGCUAUUCAAAGAUUUGAAUUAUACUGUCGGGUUGGAUCUUCUACAAGACACACAAGGGCUAGUGAAGGAUAUAAAAGCACCAGAUGUACCUGUAUACGCUGCAUAUGGUGUGGAUGUAGCUACUGAGGAUAACUACACAUACCCAGGAACAACAUUCCCUGAUGCACAACCAACGAUAUCACUGGGCCUGGGUGAUGGAACCGUCAAUUUGCGCAGUCUGAGAGCAUUUAAAAAAUGGCGUAAUGAGCAAUAUCCAACAGUGAUGUGGUACGAAGUCAGAGGGCCAACUGGAGAACACAGUGCCAUCCUAGCAGAGAAAUCAGUUUUCAGAUUCAUCAUCAAUGAAGUCUUGUUUCCUUUUGUCAAGACAAAUUCUACAAUUUCUGGGAAAAGAGAGAAAGACGGUCAUAAAAAGAGUCCAAAGCUGACAUGACAGAGCAUGUGAGUAGACACUGCAGCUGCUUUUCAAAUGUCUUCUUCCGAUUAAUAGCUAGGUAAACAUUACUUAUGGUAUUAGGAUACGUAUGUGUUAUGAUAAUGAGAAAUAUUAAUGAAUAUGUAUUAUGAAAUAUUAUUACCUGUACAAGUCAUACUGUAUUAGCAGAUAAAUAAAUGUCAUAUUUCGCUCGCCACUUUCAAUCCGAGACCAACGGGGUAAUCAUUUGCCGUGUUGCCCUCCCCGGGCUUUGCACAUAGGAAUCCUGUCCAAAAAUAGAGGGCAAUAUUAGCUGUAUUUCUGCUAGUGCGCUUGCGCAGGAGGAGCCGAUUUUGAUCGCUAAUUUCAGUAUAUGAGAAAUCUGGCUGGAACCAGUUUGUGAACCAACGCAUUGUAGAUAAUGCGCGGCCACUGCAUACACAAAUCCAAGAGCAAGAUUUCUAUGUGUUAAGUGUAUGUGCUUGCCGUGCAUGAUGCGCGACUGCAAGGUAACAAUUUACGUCACAAUUGCUUAGCAUUGUGGAGCGUUGUGGCCCAGUGGAUUAGUCUUCGGACUUUGAAACAGAGGGUCGUGGGUUAGAAUCCCAGCCAUGGCGUAAUUUCCUUUGGCAAGAAAUUUAUCCACAUUGUGCUGCACUCGACCCAGGUGAGGUAAAUGGGUACCUGGCAGGAAUUUAUUCCUUGAAAUGCCAACGUGCUGUAAAAGGCUGCGAGGCUAAAGCCAGGGGUUAUAAUAUCCAAUUAAGCGCCUAGGGACGCAUUUGGCAGUGAUAUGCGCUACAUAAGCAUGUUGGUAUUAGCAAGGAUUACUUCGCUAAGUUUUUGAAUAACCUGAAAUCAGAAGUAGUGAUAAGGAAACAGGCAUAUAAAUUGUUCCAAAUGAUAGCUUGAAUUACUCAUUCUACAGUCUUAGGUAAUAAUGAUGAUAUUGACUGGCUCUUCUUUCGGGAAACAUCAAAUAUAUUGCCCUUAAAACUAAAGAACCAUAUUGCCCGUGUGUAAAGACUGGGGCCAAUAUGAUUCUGUUGCGGGCGACAUAUUUGAUGUUCCCUUCAAGGCCAGUCAAUAUUAUAUAAAUAGAAUAUUACACCAGUUAUACUCCAGUAAAAAAAUAUCAUAUCUCAGAAAUCUGGUAAUAAUGGAAAAAUAACAUAACUAAUUUACUUAUCUAAAUAAGUGAUAUGAAACAAAGUUUUAGUUCAAAUGCUGUGUCGGGAUUUGCCCAUUGCAUUAGAAAACGGGAAUUUCAACGAUCUGAAAUUGAAGGCCAAAGAGUAAUGCUGUGUGAGAGACUGUAUAAUCUAUAAUAUAUGCCUUUUUUGUUUCCUCACAUUUGUUUAUGAUCCAAAAUUAGGUCACAUGUGGCCUUAUGGACAGUUAGAAUAGUUUUAUGAUAAUUUUUUUUUCCAGUUCAGAAAAUACUUAGCAGUAAUUAAGAUUAUUAGCUAGAUAUCAUUGAAAUAUACUUGUAGUUGAGUUGGUAAAAAUAAAAAAUGCAUACUUAGAUGAAUAUUAAAGUGCUGACCAUUAAACUGAACUUUGCUUGAAUCACAAAUUGAAGUUUUGGAUUUACCCUGUAUCAUAUUGGACUUGUUCUGUCUUCUGUGUAAUAUAUUUAUUUCAGUUAUCUUGUGUAGCAAUUAUCUUUCUGGGAAUUUUAUUUUCAAUGUACUGUGAACCUGGAAUAUCCAGAGGUCAGAGGUGUAAAACAUUUUGCACAGGAUUACAGUUGCAGUACAACCACACAAACAUGCAUUUCCCCCACCUUAAUUGUUCAUGAAAAUUUUAAAAAUGUUACUGUGUUUACCUCUGCUUAACAUGCAAAUUUUAUCUUGUGAAAAUGUUUACUUUUAUGUUAUUUUAUGUUCAUGUUAUAUAUUCUUUGACCCAUAUUUUGGAGAUCUAUAUUUUUAUCUUUGUUUUUAAUGUUUUAAUUUUGUUUAUAUUUAUCAAUACUAGGUACUUGUACAGUGUUCCUACAUUUCUUAUUACAUUCUAAUCCUUAGGGAUUGAAUGGGAAUAUGUAGGCCUACUUUCUUUUGCAUCUGUUCCAAGAAAUGCUCAAAGCCAAAUUAUGCCAAAUAGUUAACAGUUAUAUAAAAACAGUUAAGUAUUUGAAAUGGACAAAGGUACAAAUUGUUCAAAAAGAAACUCUUGAAUGGGAUCCCCAACGUAAUCUCUGUAGCGAAAAGUUGCUGAGUUCUGUCAAGGUACUUUAGUCAGUGGAUGUAAGAUGUAUGCGCACCAUGAAAUUGGUCUAUGUGUAAAAGUUAUUAACCACAAGGCAUUAAAAACCUACCUCUUAAUAUUGUACAUCCACGGACCCAAUAGGCGUUAUAAUUGACAUAAACCAAAAAACAUGUAGAUGGCGCAUGUUUUGGUUUGGACACUGGUUGCACAAAUUUGGGUGUGGUGAGGUGACUGUAUUUUACCAAUUCAUGUGUGCUACAUGUAUAACAAAGCCGAAAAUUUCUCAAAGCCAUACGUAGGUUGUUUGGGUUCUAUCAUUAUUAAUUUUGAAUCAUUACCGGUACUCAGUUAUUUAUUUUCAGAUUAUGAGUUCAUUACUUCAUUGUCAGAUAGAAUGAAGAACUUUACCAAUGUGCAUCUUGUGUAAAAGAUUGAUGUGAUCUUAACUCUGGUUUUAAUGGGUCCCAGACAGUUUGCCAUAUAUUUAUUCAAGUUUAGUGUGUCUUCAUCAAAGCAUUUGCCAAUCAUGGGAUGAAAUGGUCCAAAGUGAUAUGAUACCAUCUCUGUACAGUGUUCAUAAAAAUUUUAUACUUUGACAAUCCUAUUAGAUAUUUGUAAUAUCCUGAAGCUUUUUCCACACUUAUAUAUUAGUACAAUUUUUUGCACAAGUCUGAAGACAAAAGUCUCUGUUUGAGUGAGCACCACAUGCUUUUUUAAAAAAUUCUUUAAAAAUGACUUGCUCAGAAAUUGUAAAAAAAAAUUAUGUGGAUGAAAGUGGCCUUAAAUCGUGAAGAGCACAUGCACUUCAGCUAAGAAGGUUAAUUUAAAGAUUUUUUUUCUAUACUACCUUUUUUUAUGCCCAACACAUUCUCUCAAGCCCUUCUGAAAUUAUAUUCUUGUGUACAGUUGGCUGUAUUAAUUUUCUUAAUUGUUAGAUUUGGGAAACAAAUUGUAACUUGACAGUAUUUAAAGUCAACUCUGAAUGUAUGAAGUUGUAAUUUCCUCAGGAUGCAUUCUUAGUGAAAAUCUGAGCCAUUGUUUGUAAUCAAGAACAACUAUAACAAUGAUUCAUCUUUCCACUGCAUUUGUGUAAUGUUUAUCAUGGGGUUGAUUAUAUUCACAACAUCGCUCUUGCAGUUUAUAGUCUGAGUGUUAUUUACAUGUAUGUUGCUUACAAAAGAUGAUACUCAUGCUGCAUUAUUUGAUUAUGUACAUAUUGGAGGGGCCACAGAACUGUGGGUGACGGAGGGGGGGGGGGGGGUGGUGGCUUCAGGUUUCUUUUGAUAGCCAUGUCCAAAAACAUGAAAAUUACCAUUAAAUUGUGAUUUGAUUGGGGAUCAGAUGAUCAGAUCCCCCCCCCCUUUCUAAAUCGUCAUGUGACCCCUGUAUUAUGUUUAAUUUGAAUAGUAUAUUUUUAAGUUCUGCAUGUUUGUAUAUUUUCUAUUUUAUUUAUGUAUUGCAUUGUGUAUCAUAUCUAUCAACAUAAAGUGAGUUUCUUCUUCAUCAUCAUCACCACCACUACCAUUACAUUAUCAACAUCAUCCAAAACGUCAUCAUUUAUCAUCAUUAUUAUUGUUUUGAAAAGCAAUAUUUGAGUUUAAAUCCCCAUUUGAUUUUUGUUUAAUAAUUUUGUGCCUGCAAUUUCAAAUAAGUUGAUAUUAGUUCUGGGAGACCUUUUUCAGGAAAUCAUAAAUUUUCCUGAUUAUGGUCCAUACUUACACUGUAAAAACGCUGUUUAAAAUUUUAAGCGCGUUGUUUAAGCCUGUCACUUUAACAACUACUGUUUAAACUUUUUAAACAACUGUUUAAACUUUUUAAACAAAUUGUUUUAAAAGUUUAAACAAUUACAACAAAGUUUAAACAACUUGUUGUUAGAGUGACAGGCUUAAACAACAUUUGUUUUUUUUUUACUGUGUACCCACCUCUUCUUUUUAUCUAUAUUCACCAGUAAAUAUUGUGUUUAUCAUUAACAUAAGUUUUCUUGUGUGUAUUACAAUUCUUCAUGAUCACCUUACCAUGUUCCAUUAUUGUAUGUGCCUCUUCCGAUUUAUCAAAAUUCAAAACAAAAUGGGAUAUGAAUUUGUACUCUGAAUACUGCCCAUGGUAUAAAGCUAUCCAGGGGCCGUAUUCUGAAAAUUGUCUUAAGAGAAAUAUUCUUGUAUCUUCAGAGUUACAAUAAAAUCCGUAUUCUGAAAAUCCUUGUAUAUAUGAUUAUGCUGCAAAGUGUCAUGGCAUUCUAUUUUCCACUGCCUUUUUGGGUUCAGAAAGUACAUCGUUUCAUUUACAGUUCUACAUGUAAAGAUAUGUACAGUGUAUUUUCAAAAUUAAUCUUUGAAAUUUUUCUACAUUUUGAUUUGAGAUAAAGUGGAAAGUGUCUUUCCGUUUUCCUGAUUUUGUGUUUAUGUGAAGAAUACAAUAAAUGUUUUUGAAUGUUUUGAAACAGAUACAUGUAUAAUGCCAUACUAAUGAUGUAAAAGUAAGUCUCAUCAUCAUCAUUGUCCAUACAAUUCAGAAUUGUCAAUUUUUUCUAUUUGGGUUGCAUUAAUGAUGAUAACAAUAUUGAUAUGCAUUUGUUUUAGUGGCAUUUGCACUAAUAUUUUCAUAUGGACAUUAUAAUGAUGAUUGAUGAGCAUUAUUAAAUCGUCAUCAAAAUUGAUAUUGAAAACUGUCUAUUUAUGAUAAAUACUAAUGUAUUGUAUUGUAUAUCUUGAGAUUAACAGGUUUGAAUAAUUGGUUAUCCAGGAAAAAAUAUUAAUUGAUAUGUUAUAUAUUAACUUGGAAGGAAUUUAUUAAAAAUCAAUGAAUAUAUGCUAAAACAAUUGAUUGAAAUAUAUAUGUAAUUGCAGAUUUGAUAUGCAUUCCAGUGAAGUAUUUAAUUCAUGGGAAUAUUCUCGUUAUGAUGUGUUAAAUGCAAUAGUGAUAAAAUCUACCAAUCUUGUAA